UUUGCUCCAUUUGAAAUGGUAAUGAUAAAUGAAUGGGGUCACCCACUCAAAUUUCGCGGGCUUUUUUAAUUAUUCAUUCUCCUCUUGCGCCAAUUUCUUCUAUGAGUUUCAAGUUGCAAGCAAGGGCUGAAACCAUGAACCCUAACCCUAGCGAGAAGGAAAAGAAACGGACGACCGAUUUGGGUAACGGGAGCGAAAUCAUUUACUUUCCUCGUUUUCUUCCGUUUGAUGAUUCCUGGAAAUGGUUUCAUUACUUAGAUAAAGAAAUUCCGUGGACGAGGCCUUCGAUUCACGUCUUCGGUAGAUCUUGCAUCCAGCCCAGGGAUACUUGUUAUGUUGCGAGUGAGGGGCUGCCAGAUCUCCGUUAUAGUGGGUAUCAGCCACAUGCUUAUCCUUGGGAUGAUUACCCUCCACUAAAGGACCUCUUGGCUGCAGUUCAUGAAGCACUUCCAGGGAGUAGUUUUAAUAGCUUGCUUCUGAACAGAUACAAGACUGGGUCUGACUAUGUGGCUUGGCACUCUGAUGAUGAGAAAUUGUAUGGGCCAACCCCUGAGAUUGCAUCAUUGUCUUUUGGUUGUGACCGUGAGUUUUUACUGAGGAAGAAACCUAGCAAAUCACCCAAAGUUCAAGCACCAAGUGCUAGUUGCAUGGAAGAACCAGCAAAUAAGCGAUUAAAAAAGAAUAAUCAAGUUGAUCAGCAUUCACUUGCACUUAAGCAUGGAUCAUUGUUGGUUAUGAGAGGCUAUACCCAACGAGAUUGGGUUCACUCGGUGCCUAAGCGUGCAAAAAUAGAGGCAGUUCGGAUCAACCUCACUUUCAGGCAUGUACUUUGAUCUGAUGCAUACAGCUAUCUAUUGGGAGAUGCAAGAAACAGCCAUAUCUUGCUGAUCCAUAGGCCAGGCUUCUGCCUGAAGCAACAGCUAGCAGGUGGAGUCACCAAAAUCCUGCUGUGCAGUCAAUCUCCUUUCCCCCAACAAAAGUUGUAAUGGUCAUGGCCGUCGGUUUUUGGAUGUUUGACUGUAUUACCCACCUUUGUUUGUUGUAGAUCAAAGCUAUGAAAAUAUGUAUAGAAAAAAGAACUGUAAGAUUUGGCCAUGGAAUUUUGGUGUCACUAUGUUUCAUUACAAAUUGCACUCAAGGAAGAUCAUUUGAUGUUUUGCAGA